CUGGCUUCUGGUUACUCUGCUCUCUGAAUGAGCCAGGAUCAGAUCUGGCUCAUUCUACCAGCACAGCUUAGUUAGGUACUGAGUUCACAGUGGUUGUGCUGUUAGUACACUGUGUUCACUCAAGAAAAGACUGCAUAGUCCAGUUCUUCCCCUCUGACCGCCACCAGAGAAGGUCACUGUUUCGCUGCUGUAGUAGGACAUGCUCUCUUCUAUGGACACUGAACUCCCAGCUCCCUAUGCCUAUUGCCUGUGAUGGAAGAACUUGAUGUUAAUGUGAGUUCGAGUGAGGGCUUCGGCGUAGCGGAGAAGAUCGUGCUGCUCACCUUCAUCUCUGCCGUUAUAUUGAUGGCCAUCCUGGGGAACCUGCUGGUGAUGGUGGCUGUGUGCCGGGACAGGCAGCUCAGGAAAAUCAAGACCAAUUAUUUCAUUGUUUCCCUUGCCUUUGCGGACCUGCUGGUGUCAGUGCUGGUGAUGCCAUUUGGAGCCAUUGAGCUGGUUCAGGACAACUGGAUCUAUGGAGAGAUGUUCUGCCUGGUUCGAACGUCCCUCGAUGUCCUGCUCACCACAGCGUCAAUCCUGCACCUGUGCUGUAUCUCACUGGACAGGUACUAUGCUAUCUGCUGCCAGCCUCUGGUUUACAGGAACAAGAUGACUCCGUUGCGCAUUGCUGUGAUGCUCGGAGGCUGCUGGGUAAUCCCAACUUUUAUUUCUUUCCUCCCUAUCAUGCAAGGCUGGAACAGCAUUGGCAUCAUUGAUCUGAUUCAGCAAAGGCAGUUCAACAAGGCUUCCAAUUCCACUUACUGCAUAUUCAUGGUCAACAAGCCAUAUGCCAUUACCUGCUCCGUGGUGGCCUUCUACAUUCCCUUCCUCCUGAUGGUGCUGGCCUACUACCGCAUCUACGUCACGGCCAGGGAGCAUGCCCGCCAGAUCCAAGUGCUGCAGCGCGCAGGGGCCCCCACCGACAGCCGGCAGCACCACCCGGACCAGCACAGCACACACCGCAUGAAGACUGAGACCAAAGCUGCCAAGACCCUGUGCAUCAUCAUGGGGUGCUUCUGCCUGUGCUGGGCUCCCUUCUUUAUCACAAACAUAGUGGACCCUUUCAUAAACUACACGGUGCCAGGGAAGCUGUGGACGGCUUUCCUGUGGCUGGGCUACAUCAAUUCAGGGUUGAACCCUUUUCUCUACGCCUUCCUGAACAAGUCCUUCAGACGUGCCUUCCUCAUCAUCCUCUGCUGUGGUGAUGAGCGAUACCGAAGGCCUUCCAUCUUGGGGCAGACGGUCCCCUGCUCCACCACCACAAUAAAUGGAUCGACUCAUGUUCUAAGGUACACUGUUUUACGUAACGGGCAUCAUCAGGAACAUGAGAAGCUUCCCAUCCACAAUGACCCAGAAUCCCAAGAGUCAUGUUUUUAGUCAUGAUCCUAGAAGAUGAAUGGCUCAGCUGAAGGAGCAGAUUCCUUCUAGGAUACUCCAAAGGACAGCAGGACUUUUUGAAAACUCUUUCAUCUGCACUGACAUGGUACACCUCCUGCACUGACUUCACAUGGACGUCCAGCUGUACAUGUGUAGAUUGAUGGGGGCAUGGGAAUGUACAUGAGCAGAACAGCUGAGGGGACUUUCCUGUAUCUGUUAAGGACAGCUGGGCUGUGGCUGCAUCAGAACUCUUACUCCAGGAGUGAGCUGACUUCUACCAAUGUAAGGAGACACAGAUACAAACCACCCAGUGCAGGGACUUCCAUUAUUCUUGUCCAGCUGCCAUCUGUCUAUGAGUCACUUCUCUGUCCCAUGGCAUCAUUGUCUGAAAGAUUACAAGUUCUGGCUAAAGCCCUAACAUGGCACAAGACUAAAUGUCUGCCUUGUCUGAACAAAAUCCUGCUGAUAGGUGAUGGGAUGCUGUCAGGAGAGAAACGGCAUUGCGUUUGCAUUAGCGACAGAGGAGGAGCUCUUUGCACUUUGAUUAGUUGCUGUGAAAGGUCAGCAUGAACUGCUGAUUCACCCUACCCUGCAGAGCUUUCUUUGUAAAUGCUUUUAUUGUCUUUCCUGGCCAAGUUCAUUGGUAGAAGACUCAUAGGGUGUACAUAGUGCCUGACAAGCAGGAGUGGGACCUACAGAGACCUGCAAGUGCUGCUUCAAUUCAACCCAACUGCGAAAAGACAGUGGCCAUCCUCUGCCACUCAGAGGCCAAGGGACAGGAUGUGGCCCUCAACUCCCAGUGCUGUCCUGAUCUAAGCAAACUUUGGGCUUUCGUACCAAGAAGAAAGGUUGGCUAAGAGACAGAGUCAGUCUAACAGAUCACUAAGUGCCAUCUUAAAAAACACACCAUCUAAAACUCUUUCCUAGCUGCAUUAGGAAGACAGACUUCUACAGACAUUUUCCAUCUUUAUUUUUCUAUUUCUUUCUGUUCUCUUCCAGUUCAGGCAAGAAGUUUCAAGACUUUCAACUAUCCCCGUAUGCACAGAUCUUGGUCCUUAUAGCUACUUCCUGCAUGUAGAUGUUGAGAUGUUCCUUGUGACCUACUUCCAUGUUUGCAUGGAAAGGGUAGGCAAAGGCUGUAGACUCCGCAAUGCUGGGAAAAUAGUUUUCAUGCAGUGGGCAAUAUGCAGGAUCAAGACUACAAGCCUCUACCCUUUUUAGAUGAAGAUCUAACCCAGAGAUGCCACCCUGAGCCUAGGAAAUAAAACUAUCCUUUGUGAUAUUGUACAUGUACAGAUAUUUUUAAUGUAAAAAAGAAAAUGUGACAUUAUUUAUUAUUUUUUAAUCAGGAAUGUGUUUCUUUUUCAUUAAAAGCUUCUAGACUCAGGAGCUUAACAUUCUAUGUAUUAUUAUUUAGUAAUAUUUCUGUUGCUAUGUGACAGGUAUUUACUGAAAACAAACAAACAAAUCCUGCUUUGAACAAACAAAAGUGUUGCUCAGUAGGGGAAAAAAACAGUUGUGCAUGAUAAGAACAAUCAGCUUCCUUGCCAUGGAGUCUGACUUCUUAAAAUACUUAUUCCACAUAAAAGCCACUGAUGAAGCUUCACAUCAUUUUCCUUUAGGGUUCAAAAGGACACUGGGCAGAAACAGCCCUAAUUUGAAGAAGCCAGUGUAGAAAAUUGCUAGCAGUAAGAAAAACACAAAGUAUUGGUAUUUGUGGUGAUAGGUGAUGAUGGAAAGAACACGAACUGUGUGAAAUGAGAGGCUGAGAGAGCUUGAGCCAAUUCCUGGUUCAUCAUUAGGCACAGCUCAGCAAUGAUCUGUUUUCACAGGGCUGUGUUUCCAAACGAACUUGUUAUUAGUUCAGCUCUACUGUUAAAAUGAAAACAGAGCAGUGGAUGUAAGAAAAAAGGCCAUUAUUGAAAGUGGGAAAAGAAUCCAUCCAGGGCUGCUUCAGUUCUGAUUUACACCUCUGUGGGGUUGGGUCCAGAUUUGGGUAUGCAAGACUACAGAACAGGAUGCUUUGGUUUCACCUAAAGUAUUAAAUUUCUUAAAGAAAUCCUAGAGAAGUUUUUUCUCUAUCCCUACUAAAAGACAUCAAAAUAUUGGUGUGAAACUUCCAGGCGUUAUGGAAGAUAAUGGAGCCAGAAGCAUGGGAUUGCUACAGUGGUGAUGUUCUUUGCUUCUGCUGUUGUCCUUGAAGUGUUUUUCUCCUAUAGUUUUAGGUGCUUUGGUAAUAUUUCUUUUCUUAAUUUAUAAUUAACUUCUUCAGACUUAAUUUUACUUAUGGGCAAUGUUCAAAAGGCUCUAUCAGUGGGAUCAGUAGCUCAGUAGGCAAAAUGGUCAACAGCUCAGACUGGAUAAAAAAGCUCCAAUCCCAAGCUAUAUUUGAAUGAAAUGCCAAACACAAAAUGUCCAUGUUCUGAGUCAUCUGUAAUUGCUCAUUGGACUUAUUAAGCCUGUCAUGAACCACCUGGCAGCCCCUUCCUAAUAAUCAAUAAUCCCAGCAAUGCUUCUGUGAACCCAGCAAACAAUACUGUCCAUCAUCAAUAAUGUUGGAAUUUCUAUGGAAAAGAAGCUGUCUUAUGGAAAGGACCUGUACUUGUCUGCCUUUGCUAAAAGGAGGUGCUCCUGUAGCCUCUGAGUUCACCUUCCCCUUGACCAUUUUGGCUAGUGCUGUCAGAGUCUUUGCCUGUGAUCAAUAAUGUGUAAUGCAUUGGCUGUUUCUGAAAAUAAAAGAUUCUCUGUGUACAUUACAGUAAA